CAAAAAAAAAAAACGUGCCUUUGUUUUUUGUUUUUGUUGUUAAGGGUUUAAGGCACAGCUACUGACGCAUAACUUUGACAAAAUUUCUAAUGACAUUGAAGUUUAAUCUAAUCUCACGCUUUGCCUUUUGACAAAAAACCUCACUGCCUAGCUGAAGUCGGAAGCACUUUUUUUCUGACCAUGGAGAAAGCACGGAAGGUGGAGUUUCAGAACGUGGGUAGCAGCUACUUCCCACAGAGCCGAGUGGAAUGCCACUACAGCAUCAGCGAUCAGCACAGCUGGACCAGCAGUGACUGGAUCGGCCUGUUUAAGGUUGGCUGGUCAUCUGUGAGGAACUACCAUACAUUUGUGUGGGCUGUGGCUCCAACCAGCUACAAGGAAGGGACUCAUGUGAACUGCUGCGUCCACUUCCAGGCUUGCUAUUUGCCAGGCCCUGGUGCUGAGCAGUACCAGUUUGUAUAUGUGGACGGUAAGGGCGACGUGUGCUCCUGCAGUUCUGCUUUCACUUUCUCUGCUCCAAAGCCACUGGAAGAGCUGGUGACUCUGGAGCAAUCCCUGGAUGGAGGUGAAGGCAGCGAAGACAUGCUGGUUGUCAUUCCCAAAGCAGAGCUUCUGCAGAGCCGACUGCAGGAGUGUCUGAAAGAGAGGGCUGAAUUAUUGCAGGCUUUAGAAGCAGCAGAGAGGAGCCGUGAACACGAGAGAGAAUGCUCAAACAGGACCAGAGAGGUGUGGGAGCGGAGGAGCAAGGAGCUGGAGGAGGAGCUCAGGCUCACCAGUGAACAAAUGGAUGACAUGAAGAAGAAGCAGGAGGAGUUGGCAGCUCUCACUGCGGUUCUGCAGGAGGAGAAGCAGGCCCUUCUAGCUAAAGAUGCGGCAAGUAAGCAGAGGAACAGCCAGCUGGAAGAUGACAUCAGGGUGCUCACCCAAAAAGCCCUGGAGAAAGAGACAGAUCUAGAGAGGAUGAAGGAGCGAGCCAAAAAAGCUACAGCCCAAAAGAAAGACGUGGAAGGUGAAUACAAGAACAUGAAGCUGAAGCUGGAGCAGACCGAGAAAGAGCUGCAUAGCCUCUCUACGGAGUUCCAGAGUUUGAGAAGUUCUCUGGCUCAGAGAGACACACACGCCCUGCAGCUCCGAGACACCAUCACCACACUGACGCACAAACUCAACAAUGCACACAGGAAGGAGGCAGCUAGUGAAACAGCUUUGGCAGAGUUACGCAGUGUUCAGGAGCGACUGAAUGCCAGCGAACGCUGUGUUGAGACUCUGCGGGCUGAGAUCAGAGACAUGUCGGCUCAGAGGGACACCGUCCAGGCCGACCUUCACCAGGCCAGGCUACAGGCCGCACAGCUCACCCUGCAGCUAGCAGAUGCCAACCUGGCUCUGCGGGAGGCUCGUGCCAGCUGGGUGCAGGAAAGAGAGAGUCUGCAGUGUAGCACUGAGGUGACUGAUGAGUCAAGCGAUAAUGAUGGGGAAAUGAUCAGGACACAUUUGGACAGACUGAAUGAUGAGAUCAAGCAGAAGGAAGAGCAGCUGCAGGAGGAGAGGAUGGAAAGAAAUAAAGCAGAGGUGGAGCUUGGGCGAGAGAAAGACUGCAAUCGGGUGCAGCUGAGUGAAACACGAAGAGAGCUGCAGGAGCUGAAAGCCAGUCUCAGGGUGGCUCAGAAGGAAAAGGAGCAACUGCAGGCAGAGAAAAAGGAGGUGAUUGAGUACAUCCACCAGCUGGAGCAGAGGCUGGAGACCCUGAGUGGCUCUAAAUGGAGCAUGACCGCCUUGUUGCAGAGCAGUCAAGCAGACAGCUCCAUGUCAGAGUCAGAGGAUGAAAAUCCAGAGGCACUAAGGCCUGUGAGUCACUACAGCCUGUGUGAGCAGCCCCAGUCUGACCUCCUCCUCAUUCUUCCCACUACUCCUCCUCCGUCCCCACGACUCCUCCACUCGUCUCAGGCUGUGGUGAUCAGUCAGCCCGCUCCACUCUGCUCCCCACACCAGCCUAGUGACGACACACACCCACACGUGCACAGCUCUGAGUCGGAAGAGGAGUAUGAAGCGUUUCAAACAGAUGGGAAUAGCUCUGAAGAGAUGGCUCUCCUUCUGCCUAACCACAGAAACGCUAUUCUCAGUGAUGUGGAAGAGAGCCCCCUGUGGUGAGAAGUGGAACUACAAGAUCCGCCUCCUACAGGUCUUUGCACAGUAACGAGUACUGACAUAUGCAAUUCGCUUUCAUUUUGAAUGCACUUUCUGUAUGCACAAGCUACUAUUCAGUCUUUUACACACAUUUACCCGUUUGAACACAACACUAGGGAUGCGUCGAUCCAGAUGUCAGCAUCCGAUACCACGUGAUGGUAUGUGACAUAAGUCUGGUGUAGCUUUAUUUUAAAAAAUGAUUACAUGAAAUGAGAACAAUCUUUAUUAACAACCGUAUCAAAGAAACACAGAUUGCAAACUAUAUUCUUUGAAAAUAUCAUGAAUUUAUGGAUUAUGGUGUGUUAAACAGUAUCUUUAAUAAAGAAUGUGAUGGUAGCCAGCCUGAGUGUGCACAGCAGGUUCAGCGAGUGUGGUCAUUAAAAAUGCACACAAGGUCCAGUGAAUUGUGGGCAUACAAAAGAAUUGGUGAGCAUUGAGCAGUGCAGAGAAACUGGUCUGUGUGCGUCACUUGCUCUUGAGGCUAGGUGCAAUUCAUGGUGCUUAUUUUUCAACGCUCGCUGAUGAUGCUCUGUACACUCAUUUCAGCCACCCUCAUGCUAUCUAAUAACUGUUACUCUAAACACCAUAAUAUUUUAAACAUAAAAGCACAAAGAGUUCAUUGCUAGCAGCAAACCGUGUAAACAGAGCAAAAUAAAACCUUCCAUAAUGAUUAAUAAAUAGGUUACCGACUUGCACAUGGGUAUCAGUGUGUAUUUGUCUAAACUAAUUUAAUCGAUGCAUCAUUAAUUAACACAUAUCAAUAUGUCAAAAAUUAAAAAAAAAUAUUAUAAAUGGUUUGGUAUGUCACACAGGAAGAGUGUCUUUGUCCAUUUAGGUGUCUAAGGCUAUUUUUAAAUUAUGAGGAAUAGCUUUUUACUUCUAGAAAAUGCUAUAAUUAAACAUAGAUGAGCUUUUAUGUUUGUAAGAGUGAGUUAGAACAUGCAGUAUUGCAAUAAAGUAUGUAAAGCACAUUUGAAUCUAUGUUUGCCGGAUGGAUUUGAUAGACAGAAUUUAGUUUGUUCUUUACUUUAAGGCUUUUAUGUCUAAUAUUUUUUGUUGGUAAAUAAGUGAAAUGCAAUGAACUGUCAUGAAUUAUGCAUCAGAAAGGAAACGACAUGCGAAUGUGUAAUAAAGAGACUGAAUUGACCGCACCUGGGGUUAAAGAGGAAGUGAUCAUGGAAGUGUUUGUAAAGACAUGAGGAGUCCUAAUUGCAAUAAUCACACAAAUUAUAAUCAUGGCUUACUUUCAUUAAUGCAAGUACUUUAUAAGCUCUGUCUCGAAUUACGAUAUCAAUGUUUUCUACCAUUUAAAGUUUUCUUUUGUUACUUAACUAAAUGAUGUUUUACUGUUGUUUUUUUAAUGUUGUUUUUUUCUUUCCUUUAAGGCAUG